GGAGCUGGUGUCAGUCGUGAAUCCACCCAACGGGAGCAGAGUCGCGUUUUAGUGCAGUGCUUUCGGUGAGAAAACCACCAAAAAUGUUGCCAUUUGCGACUUUUAUAUGUGUGUUAUUUCUUUCGAGUGGAAUUUUAAAUGACGUUUCGGGUCUACAAGACAGUGGUUUAAACAGUGGUGCAGUUUCCCAUUUUGAACCUCAGGUGGCAAUGUUGUGUGAUGCAGGUCCGCACGGCCAAGAAGCCUAUCAUCCGAAGUACAUGACGGAACAAGGAGAAUGGGUCUCGGAUCUUUAUUCGAAAGCCACGUGUUUCAAGGACAAAAUGGACAUAUUAAACUACUGCAAGAAGGUGUAUCCAAAGAGAGAUAUCACCAACAUCGUAGAGAGUAGUCAUUAUUUGAAGAUUGGAUCUUGGUGUAAAGCCGGCUCCACACCUGGGUCCCAGGCCAGGGGCAAAUGUAAAACUGCAAGAUGGGUUAAACCAUUCCGAUGUUUAGAGGGACCCUUCCAAUCGGACGCCCUUUUGGUGCCAGAGAACUGUUUAUUCGAUCACAUUCACAAUCAGAGCAAUUGUUGGACGUUCGGUCGCUGGAACGCCACUGCAGGCAACGCUUGUCAAGAACGAGGACUGCAGCUCCGAUCCUUCGCCAUGCUUCUUCCCUGUGGCAUUUCUUUGUUUAGUGGUGUGGAAUUUGUAUGCUGUCCCAAACACUUCAAAGACAACUUGAAACCGAAAAAACCAGUCGACUUGACCAUCCUUAAGAAGGGACAAGACAUGUUCGACAACAUGGACGACGACGAUUCGGUUGGCUCGGACGAAGACGACGAUAAAGACGAUCUCGACGAUUUAGCUGACGAUACUGAAUUGUCCGACGAUCCAAAUAUUGAUGAUGAAGAUGAUGACGAUGACGACGAGUACGACGAUUCCGAUCAGGAUUGGGACACUACACCUUCCAGCACCACGUCCGCGAGCAAACAGUCACCAGCCUCGACGACGACGACGACCACUACUACUACAACCGCCAAAACCACCUCGGUACCAACGCCAGACCCAUAUUUCACCCACUUCGACCCACGAAACGAACACCAAAGUUACAAGGAGGCGCAAGAAAGGUUGGAAGAAACUCACAGGGAAAAGGUGACAAGGGUGAUGAAGGACUGGUCGGAUUUGGAAGAAAGGUACCAGGAUAUGAGGCAAACUGAUCCCCGAGGAGCUGACGAAUUCAAGCAGAGGAUGACCCAGAGGUUCCAGCAGACAGUACAGGCUUUGGAAGAGGAAGGAGAUGCUGAGAAACACCAACUGGCCGCUAUGCAUCAACAAAGGGUUCUUGCGCACAUCAACCAAAGGAAGAAGGAAGCAAUGACGUGCUACACUCAGGCGCUCAACGAUGUUCCCUUGAAUACACAUCGCGUCCAGAAAUGUCUCGAAAAAUUGCUUCGCUCCCUCCAUAAAGACCGUGCCCAUGCCAUCAACCACUACCGUCAUUUGUUAGCGAGUAGUUUGGAAGCAGCAGCUCGUGAACAGCCGCGCAUCCUCGAACGUUUAACUGACAUUGAUCGCACAGUUAAUCAAAGCAUGCAGAUGUUAAAGCGAUUCCCUGAAUUGGCAACAAAAAUAGGUCAGCUAAUGGACGAUUAUAUUCAAGCUUUGAGAUCAAAAGAUGAGACUCCGGGUUCGCUUUUAGCUAUGACGACCGAAGCCGAAGCGGCCAUUUUGGACAAAUAUAAGUCAGAGGUCACCAACAAACAGGCCGAACGCGAAAGGCAACGGUUACAGGAGAAGGAAAGGAAGGAACAGAGGAAGAAGGAACGCUCGGAGCUUCGGGAGGAAAAAAAGAGAGUGGAAGCCGUACUUGGAAAGAAGAUCAGCAACUUUGACGAUGAAGAUAUGGAAGAUGAAUCGCUGCCUGAGGAAAGGACCACUAUUUCUUCGACGCCCGCCAGCACGGCAUUCGACAUCGUCAGCAAUUCUGUAACUACAACCAGUCAUAGAGAAGUCGAUGAUGCCGCCGUCCAGCAAGCCGUAGAAGAAGUAGCUGCCGUAGUUCACAAGCAGGAUGUAAUUAGGGUUGCCCACGCAAUGGCCCAUGACAUAAGUCAUGGCGAACCUACUUACUCGGUUCGACGAGAAGUGUACGGUGGUAAGGACGGCAAGAGUGUUUACUUUACUCUUGCCUUCGCCGGUAUGGCCUUAAUGGCGGCCGUUGUUGUGGGCGUGGCCGUGGCCAGGCGCAGAUCAGCGCGAUCCCCACAAAGCCAAGGAUUUGUGGAAGUGGAUCAAGCUGCUACUCCUGAGGAGAGACACGUAGCAAAUAUGCAGAUUAAUGGGUACGAAAAUCCCACCUACAAAUAUUUCGAAGUCAAGGAGUAAUCCUAAAGUGACACUUGAUGGGACGUUUAUUUAAUUUAACUACAUCAUAUAGAUUGUUAUGGAUAUUAUUUUAACCAUAUUGCGAAAGUUUUUUUUAUUUACUUCUCGUAGUGGUAACAAUGUGACGGCGUUGUUGAGUUUUGUUAUUUUAAUUAUUGAGGCUAUUUUUUUACAUCAUUCCAGUGAUUUGUUGUUUUGUACUUAAACUGACUUGAGCAACUGAUAAUAAUUCUACAUAUGCAAAAAUGAACAGAUAAAUAUUUUGAGAAUAAUCAACAAAAAGUUUAAAAAGUCUAAAUUAAUAGAUAAGUAAUAAUUUUUGCAUAUGACAGACAGUCCAUGUUUUACACAUAAUUGUAUAAUCAUUUAGUGUACACUGUAUAGCCACACUCGCUUCUGUGUGACGUUACAGUGUGAAGAGUGUAGCUAGAUGUAUGGUACCCUCCAACCUAUACUUAUAAAAAAUUAGAAUAUAAAAAAGUGCAUGUUCAACCAACAAGCUUUUUGUACAAAGUCUUUUUACUUUUUAUUACCAAUUACCUACAGCUUUCGACUCACGCCCUCUUCAGUUCAAAUCAAAGCCCAGACUCUUGCAUAUGUAGAGAAAACAAGUCAGUUCGUCGCAAACGCGAAUAUGAUACUUUUCUGUACAUAUCAGUUUGGCCAGCACAAUUGAAGAAAUGUCUGAAUACUUGUAUAUCUUUCUUUUUUAACAAGAGUGUGUAUAAGUUUGGUGCAAAGUCGUGUUUCGUGAAGACGGUUUAAAAGAAGUACGUAUUACUUUAAAUUUAAAAAACAUGGGUGGCAAAGCGGCAAACCUAAUUGUUGUCAAGACAGAAAUACAAAGUAUUCACGUUUGAAACGUAAUUUUGACCGAAAGCUUUCUAAAAUCACGUUUCAACCAGUUUUUUAAAACUUUUAUCGAAAGCUUGAUGAACAAUUUGUAGAUAACACAAGAAAAAUCAUACAAAUCAUAGAAUUUGUACAAAAGUUGUUGCGUACAUUUUUUUAAUAUUGCGCGACAAUUUUCAUUAUAAAAGAGGCUUCUGACAGCUUAAUGUGUACAGUCUAGAAUACAAAAAACCUUUCUCUUGUAACUUAUGAAUUUACUUUUUCCCUGUAGUAGUUUUUAAAAACUUAGUAUUAUAUGCGAAUGUAAAAUUGAUAAAAAGCGUGUUUGAUGUGCAUAUAGUUUAAUACUUAAUUAGAUUAUUUUUCAGAAACCUGUUUCAUAAAAUAACAUACGUUAUUAAUUGUAUAUCUUUUUUUCUAUAAAUUAGAUAUGGUUAUUUCAUCAUUAUUCAGAAAGUGACUAGACUAGUUUUAGCAUACUUAAUAGUUACUUAUAUGUUUUGUGGCCAUGUAAUUUUAAAUUUAAUGUAAUAAAGAACUAAAUUAUUU